AUGGCCACAAGUGGGAAAAGAGGAACUGCUGUACGCAUUCAUCGUAUUGCGGACAUAACUCAAGAACCACGCGAAAUACAUACACCAAUUGUUGCCUAUAAAGAUAUGCCAAUCGUAUCACUUGAAGCUGCUGCGGAGCCACUUGUUCCUCUCUUGCCUGCCAUUCAAAGCUAUGUAGCUGCCGCUAAAUCGCUAUGUAAAAACCCACCAGCUGAUGGAUUAACGCUCGAUGAAUCAGCUUCAAUUAUGCUCUAUUCGAUGGGUUGGACACCUGAAGAUCAAUGUUUAUAUAUCGCUUUAAAUGCCACACUCCGGUCCGAAGAUAGAGAGAAACUUAUGCCAUGGUUAUCGUAUCUAAAACUUUUAUUGACUGCCUUGCAACAACUUCCAUCAGAACGUGGAACAGUGUUUCGCGGAAUCAAAUCGGAUCUUCGCAACGAAUAUCGGAAGGAUAGUACUAUCGUUUGGUGGGCAUUUUCUUCCUCUACAACCUCGAUUGGUGUUUUGAACGAAGAGCUUUUCUUGGGUAAAGAAGGCAAGAGGACAAUGUUCGCUAUUAAAUGCAGUUCGGGCAAAGACAUUCAAAAGCAUUCUUAUUUUCCAUCAGAAAAUGAAAUACUACUUCACGCAGCUACUCAAUUCAAAGUUGUUGAUAGUCUUGAUCAAGGCGAUGGUCUCUACAUCAUUCAGUUGCAAGAAAUAGAGUCAAUCCACCCUCUCUUACAACCUUUACUUGAGUCCAACUCCGACAACGGAUCAAAAGGUAAAGAAAAGACAAUUUCUCCGACUUCGUAUGUUGCACUUAUACUAUUGGGUUAA